AAAAAAAGUUUUGACAUUCGAAGACCUGAGGUCCCGAGCACGGUAGAAUUUGAAAAGAACAAUGGGGUGACACAGGAAGGUUAAAUUUACAAACACACAGAAUGCCUCCAGAUUAUCUUUUCACUAAUUAGUAUUUGUGGUAAAAGAUUAUCCAAGACUCCAGAUUUUUUACCUUCCUUUUACGUCUUUUAUCGGAGAAGUUACCGCUAAAAUACUGAUGAGAGACAGAAAGUAACUGCCGUUUUUCAUGCAUGUUUUUAGGCACCUGUAAAAUUGGCUACAGCUAUUGUUUUUCCCCAGAAGCCUGAGAAGUUAAAAAAAAAUGAAGCAAUUUUAGUAGUGCUUCAAUUGUAUAAAGAUUCUUGAUUUUGUUCAAUUGCUUGCUUCCACUGUAAGAGAUUCAUUUUGUGACUUUCCAGCUUCAAAUUCAGCUAACUAGCAGUCUCUACCUUCAAGAAAGUCAAAGAAAAUACAUAACAAUGUUUGUCGACAUGAGACUUGUUGCUUUUGCAUUAAUAUUGCAAUUCAAUUUGAUUGCCGCUGAAUUGCUUGGCACAACAUUCAGACGAGGAUCUGGUAUAUCUGAACUAAACACAUGUCGUGUCGGUGUGGCUGAACUCACUUUUGAUUACAAAAUGCUUGGCAAAAGUAGUUACUCAAAGUAUUGGGAUGCACCUUGUGGUUAUCCACCUUCCACGGGAUCCUUUUUGCUCUGCUCCUACGUGAUUAGUGGCAAUGAUUCUUCGAUCCAGCCAAAACUUUUCAAACUUUUUACUGAAAGAUGCAACGAUUAUAGCUCAUAUGAUUAUCCUAUUUCGUACUAUGAAGAACAAUUCAAAAAUGCCACCCAAAAUUAUGUUCCUCUUUCUCAGCUUAAUGCGUCUCUUCCUAUAUACUCUGCUACCUUGCCCAACAUGAAACUUCUUCAAAAAUCUUACAUGGAUGCAAGUACUUGGUUUGCCGUAGCUGUUUGUGGAUAUUUCCUGCUGCUGAUUAUUAUAAGUGCAGUUUAUAAUUUUUCAAGAAGAUAUGGCUUUACAAAAAGAAUGAAUGGCUCGAAAGUCUCAAAGCUAUUUCAAAAAUAUCUCAUUUUCCCCACUCUACUUCCAAAUGGUAAAUUUUCACAGACUUACGGUUACAGUUUCUUUACCAUGCUCUUCCCAAACAGAAUUCAAUUCGUUACUGACCUAUUUUUGUUUGGCUUGCAAGUUGCGUUUUACUGUGCUCCCUACAAGUAUACAAUAAAGGGUUACUGGGUUGUCUACGUGGGUUAUCGUUCCGGUAUUAUGUCAUUGGGAAAAAUACCAUUGCUUGUGUUGUUUGCUGGUAGAAACAAUUUUCUUCUCUGGAUUACGGGUUGGUCAUACUCUACCUUUUUACAUUUUCACAAAGUAGUUGCUGCUUGGAUGUUCAUUGAUGCAUUAAUUCAUUCAGUUGCUUAUACAAUAGACUAUGUGGGGUACUAUGUUAGUUCCCUUCACUACACAUACUUUGCAUGUGGUGUUGCUGCUACAGUACUUGCUGGUGUUCUUUGUCUUCACUCACUGCACUUUUUCAGGAGGGGCUUUUAUGAAUACUUUUUAGCAAUCCAUGUUGUUCUAGCUAUUUGUUUUAUUGCUAUGGUUUGGCAUCAUUGCAAUGUUUUAGGUUGGAUGGAAUGGUUAGUUGCUGCUUGCUGUGUUUGGUUUUUUGAUAGGCUUGUACGUGUUAUACGUAUGUUUGCUUUCGGUUAUCAAACUUCUACGAUAACUGUUGUCGGGGACCAGUUGAUGAAAGUUGAGGUUCCAAAGCCUGACUGGUGGUCACAUGCACCGGGAACAUAUGGCUUUAUUUAUUUUGCGGGCAUCAUUUUUUGGGAAAACCAUCCAUUUACAGUUGUUGUUGAAAACGGCAAAAUUUGUGCUUACAUCAGAGUUAAGAUGGGAGUGACUUCUAGAAUCUGGAACAAAUUAGUCAAAAAUAACAACAGAAUGAAUUGGAGAAUUUGCAUCGAAGGUCCUUACGGUGGUGCACUAGCUCCGAUGCUUAAAAAGUAUGAUGAUGCCCUAUUUCUUGCUGGUGGCUCUGGAGCACCAGGUAUUCUUGAAAGUGCCACCAAAGCGACAAAUGGAAAGUUAGUGUGGGUGGCCCAGAACAUUAGUUUUGUGACUGCAUAUCAAACAUUGAUCACUAAUAUUAGUAUCCCAAUUGAUAUCUACAUCACCCGUGAAACUUCUGCUAAUAGAACAUUUCUAAAGAAAGAAUUUCUGAGCGAUUCUGAACCUGAUUCCCAGAGCACGGAUGGCUCCGAUAAGGAAAUUGGCUACAAAGAAACAGAAAACGAUGUAUCUCAAAUCCAUGUUCGUUACUGCAGACCAGAUAUUAGUCAAAUUAUUGAUGCUGAGGUUAGAGCAUCAGCUGCAAAGAACGUGGGUAUCAUCGCAUGUGGCCCUCCAGUAAUGAUGGACAAUAUUAGACAUGUCAUCACUGAUCAUGUGACUGAUUGGAACAAAAGUAUUGACUUUUUCGAUGAGUUCCAGAUUUGGUAGACAAAUUCUUAUUUCAAUUUUUAAUAUUAUUGAAGCUUCUAUUUUUCUGUAGAUGAAGCUUGUGUUUUUUUU